AUGGAGGAGAAACUUUUGGUGUCUGUCGCGGGUUACCCGGAGCUUGACAGAUCAGGCUCAGUUGUGUAUGGCUCUGUGUCUGUGAAGAGCAACCAAUCGAAAGGUGAAAGACCAAACUUACGUGAGAAAAAACCAUCAUCUACCAAAAGUGUAAGAUCAGGCUCACAUGUGUCCAGCUCUGUGUCUGUGAAGAGUGACCAGUCGAAAGAUGACGGGCCAAACUUAAGGAAGAGAAAAGCAUCAUCUAGCAAAAGUGUAAGAUCAGGCUCACAAGUGUCCAGCUGUGUGUCUGUGAAGAGUCACCACUCAAAAGAGCAUGUACCACCUGACUUCAGUGAGAAAAACUCUACCGAAAGGUAUUUCUUGUGUUUUUUGUUAAAGGAAGAAAAUCUUGUCUGGAUCUUCCAGGACCUUGAGAAAAAAAUUAAUGCAUUUCUGAAGUUUGAGCUGAACAAGUUUAAGAAGAUUUUAAAAAAAGAGAACACACAAUACUUUGUGCAGGACUUUACACAGGACAUGUGUAAAGUCAAAGAAGCAGCUCUUGAUAUCACGCUAUACUUCCUAAAAAAUAUGAAGGAAGAUAAUCUUGCAGAUACUCUAAAAGAUGAGGUGGUCUUCAUUCAUCAACGACAACUUAAGUGGAACCUGAAGAAGAAGUAUGAAUGUGUGUUUGAAGGAAUUGCGAAGCAAGGCGACUCCACACUUCUGAAUAGCAUCUACACAGAUCUCUAUAUCACUCAGGGUUGUAGUGAACAGGUUAAUACUGAACAUGAGGUGAGACAGAUUGAAGUUGCUUCCAGACGUUAUGAAUCACAGGAGAUACAGGUUGAAUGCAACAAUUUGUUUGAAGCACCUGAACAAGACAAGCAGAUCAGAACUGUACUGACAAAAGGAGUUGCUGGCAUCGGAAAAUCAGUCUCUGUGCAAAAGUUUGUUGUGGACUGGGCCGAAGGAAAAGAAAAUCAAGAUAUCAGCUUCAUAUUUCCACUUCCAUUCAGAGAAAUGAAUUUAAAAGACAAAGGAAAACUAAGUUUGAUGAGCCUUAUAAGUCAGUUUUUCCCAGAGACGAGAGGAAUGAACCUUACAAAAAAUGAUCAAUUCAAAGUCCUGUUCAUUCUUGAUGGUUUGGAUGAAUGCCGUCUUCCUCUAAACUUUGCUGGUAAUGAGACGUGGUCUGAUGUUUCAUCACCAGCCUCUCUGGAUGUUCUCCUAACGAACCUCAUCAAGGGAAAUCUGCUUCCUUCUGCUCUCAUCUGGAUCACCACCAGACCAGCAGCUGCCAGUAAGAUUCCUCCUGACUGUAUCGACCGGGUCACAGAGGUCAGAGGGUUCAAUGAUGCACAGAAGGAGGAGUACUUCAGAAAAAGAAUCACAGAUGAGGAUCUGGCCAGAGAAAUCAUUGAUCAUGUUAAACAAUCAAAGAGUCUCUUUAUCAUGUGCCACAUCCCAGUCUUCUGCUGGAUUUCAGCCACUGUUCUCCAGAACAUUUUAGAGGAGAAAAGAAAUAAUGUUGUGAAAAACAAUCAGGCUGAUGAUGCCUCCAAAACACUGCAGGAGUCAAAUACUGAAGACACUCCUAAGACUCUGACACAAAUGUACACACACUUUCUCAGAUUUCAGAUCCAGCAGAGCAGACGAAAGUAUGAUGGAGAAAACACACCAGAUGUUCUGGGAUAAAGAUGCAAUCUUUUUUCCUGGGAUAAAGAUGCCAUCCUUUCACUGGGGAAACUGGCAUUUCAUCAGCUGCAAAAAAACAAUCUGAUCUUCUAUGACACAGAUCUGGAAGCCUGUGGUAUUGACGUCUAUAAGGCAUCAGUGUACUCAGGCAUGUGUACCCAGAUCUUUAAGGAGGAAACGGGGAUCGUUCUUGGCACGAUGUACUGCUUUGUUCACAUGAGCAUUCAAGAGUUUAUUGCAGCCCUUUAUGCACAUCUGUUUCUAGACAUCAACAAGAAAAGUGCAUUUGUUCAAGACUCUACAGAACAGGAAAACAAAAAGGAGACUAUGAUUGAUUUGCUCAAGACUGCAGUGGACAAGGCACUCGAGAGUGACAAUGGACACCUGGACCUUUUCCUUCGAUUCCUCCUUGGUUUGUCACUCCAGUCUAAAAAAACACUCUUACGAGGUCUGUUGACACAGCAAAAUGACAAUGACCAGAGCAAAGAGGAAAUAGUUCAGUACAUCAAGCAGAAAUUUGAAGCUAAUCUGUCUCCAGAGAGAUCCAUCAAUCUGUUCUACUGUCUGAAUGAACUGAACGACCAAACUCUGGUGAAAGACAUUCAGACCCACCUUAGCAAAGGAAGCCUCUCAUCUGCUGAUCUUUCACCUGCGCAGUGGUCUGCUGUGGCCUUUGUGUUGUUGACAUCAGAGGAGGAGAUGGAGGAAUUUGAGCUUCAGAAAUUCAAGAAAUCAGACGAGUGUCUCAUUCGACUAUCACCAGUCAUAAAAUCCUCCAAAAAAGCUUUGUUAAAUGAUUGUGACUUAACAGACAAAAGCUGUUCAGUUCUAGCUACAGUUCUUGAAUCAGAUACAAGACUGAAAGAGCUGAACAUGAACAACAAUAAUCUGCAGGAUUCAGGAGUGAAGCUGCUCUGCACUGGACUGAAGAGCCUAAAGUGUAAAUUGGAGAUACUGAGGCUGAAUAAUAACAGGAUUACAGCAGAAGGUUGUGCUGCUCUGAUUUCAGCGUUUAAUUCAAACCCUUCAAACCUGAAAGUCCUUAAUCUGAGUGAGAAUAAACUAGGAAACUCAGGAAUUGAGAAGAUCUGUCAUCUGAUGAAAAAUCUACACUGUAUAUUGGAGAAACUGAAACUUUCAGACUGCAGUAUCAUUGAAGAAGGAUAUAAAACUUUGACUUCAUCUCUAAAGUCAAACUCACACCUGAUUGAGCUGGAUCUCACAGGAAAUGAUCCUGGACAAUCAGGAGUGGAGGGUCUCUUUGAUUUACAGCGGGGUGAAUGCUGUAAAUUAACAACAAUCAGGUUUUUGAAAGGUCCUGCUGCAGAGGAAGCAUGUGAGUAUCUCACUAAAGUUCUGGGUAAAAGUCCAUUAUUACUGAAAGAACUGGAUCUGAGUGGAGAGAAAUUAGGAGAUCUGGAUGGAGAGAAACUCUCUGCUCUUUUGAUGGACUCCCAUUGCAAAGUGGAGAAAAUCAAGCUGAAUAAUUGUGAGCUGACAGAGGAAAGCUGUUCAGUUCUAGCUACUGUUCUCUCCUCCAAAACCAUCCUGAAAGAGAUGAACCUGAACAACAGCCGUCUGCUGGACUCAGGAGUCAAAGAGAUCUGUGAGGGACUGAAGAAUCCUGUGUGUGAGCUGAACAUACUCAAGUUUCUGAAAAGUCCUGCUGCAGAGGAAGCGUGUGAUUAUCUCACUAAAGUUCUGGGUAAAAGUCCAUUAUUACUGAAAGAACUGGAUCUGAGUGGAGAGAAAUUAGGAGAUCUGGAUGGAGAGAAACUCUCUGCUCUUUUGAUGGACUCCCAUUGCAAAGUGGAGAAAAUCAAGCUGAAUAAUUGUGAGCUGACAGAGGAAAGCUGUUCAGUUCUAGCUACUGUUCUCUCCUCCAAAACCAUCCUGAAAGAGAUGAACCUGAACAACAGCCGUCUGCUGGACUCAGGAGUCAAAGAGAUCUGUGAGGGACUGAAGAAUCCUGUGUGUGAGCUGAACAUACUCAAGCUUUCAGACUGCAGUAUCACAGAAAAGGGUUAUAAAUCUCUGGCUUCAGCUCUGAGAUCAAACCCUUCACACCUGAUAGAGCUGGAUCUCACAGGAAAUGAUCCUGGACCAUCAGGAGUAAAGAAGCUCAGUGAUUUACUACAGGAUCCAAACUCUCAACUCAAGACACUGAGGUUGUUGAGUCCUGCUGCAGAUGAAGGCUGUCAGUUUGUGACUGGAAUUGUGGGUAAAAACCCGUUACUCCUGAGUGAGCUGAAUCUGAGUGAACGUGAACUAGGAGACACACGAGUGAAUCAGCUCGCUGCUCUACUGCAGGAUAAACACUGUACACUCAACACACUCCAGCUGCGUGAUUGUGAUCUAACACAGAAAAGCUGUUCAGCUCUAGCUGCAGUCCUGAGAUCAAACACCAGUCUGAAAGAGCUUGACAUGAGCAACAAUAACCUGCAGGAUUCAGGAGUGAAGAAACUCCAGAGCGGAUUAGAAAAUACAAACUGCACACUGAAGAAACUCAGGCUUUCAGACUGCAGUGUUACAGAAGAGGGUUAUAAAUCUCUGGCUUCAGCUCUGAGAUCAAACCCUUCACACCUGAUAGAGCUGGAUCUCACAGGAAAUGAUCCUGGACCAUCAGGAGUAAAGAAGCUCAGUGAUUUACUACAGGAUCCAAACUCUCAACUCAAGACACUGAGGUUUUUGAGUCCUGCUGCAAAUGAGGACUGUAAAUAUCUAAAUAAGGUUCUGGGUGAAAACCUGUUACUCCUGAGAGAGCUGAAUCUAAGUGAACUAGGACACUCAGGACUGAAGAAACUUGCCGCUGUAUUGCAGGAUAAGCACUGUAAACUCAACACACUGAUUUUGAACAACAGCUAUAUCGCAGAAGAAGAUUGUCGUGUUCUGGCUGCAGCUUUAAAUUUAAACCCUUCAAAUAUGAAGGAGAUGAAUCUGAGUGGGACUAAAAUCAGAGACUCAGGACUGAAGAUCUUCUCUACUCUGUUUGAGAAUGAACAAUGUAGACUGCAAAAGCUGAAUUUUAAUUGCAUCGGCAUUGCAGAGGAAGGUUGUGCUGCUCUGACUUCAGCAUUUGAUUCAAACCCUUCAAACCUGAAAGAGCUGGAUCUGAGUGGGAAUAAACUGGGAAACUCUGGAGUAACAGAAAUCUGUACUCUGCUGGGAAAUUCACAGUGCACACUGCAGAUACUCAGAAUGUCAGACUGCAGUGUUACAGAAGAGGGUUAUAAAUCUCUGGCUUCAGCUCUGAGAUCAAACCCUUCACACCUGAUAGAGCUGGAUCUCACAGGAAAUGAUCCUGGACCAUCAGGAGUGAAGCAGCUCAGUGAUUUACUACAGGAUCCAAACUCUCAACUCAAGACACUGAGGUUGUUGAGUCCUGCUGCAGAUGAAGGCUGUCAGUAUGUGACUGGAAUUGUGGGUAAAAACCCGUUACUCCUGAGAGAGCUGAAUCUGAGUGAACGUGAACUAGGAGACACACGAGUGAAUCAGCUCGCUGCUCUACUGCAGGAUAAACACUGUAAACUCAACACACUCCAAAUGCCAGACUGCAGUGUUACAGAAGAGGGUUAUAAAUCUCUGGCUUCAGCUCUGAGAUCAAACCCUUCACACCUGAUAGAGCUGGAUCUCACAGGAAAUGAUCCUGGACCAUCAGGAGUGAAGCAGCUCAGUGAUUUACUACAGGAUCCAAACUCUCAACUCAAGACACUGAGGUUGUUGAGUCCUGCUGCAGAUGAAGGCUGUCAGUAUGUGACUGGAAUUGUGGGUAAAAACCCGUUACUCCUGAGAGAGCUGAAUCUGAGUGAACGUGAACUAGGAGACACACGAGUGAAUCAGCUCGCUGCUCUACUGCAGGACAAACACUGUACACUCAACACACUCCAGUGAGUAUUAUCUGGAUGCGGUAUUACAGCAGAAGGUUGUGCUGCUCUGAUUUCAGCAUUUAAUUCAAACCCUUCAAACCUGAAAGUCCUUGAUCUGAGUGAGAAUAAACUAGGAAACUCAGGAAUUGAGAAGAUCUGUCAUCUGAUGAAAAAUCUACACUGUAUAUUGGAGAAACUGAAGUUUUUGAAAAGUCCUGCUGCAGAGGAAGCAUGUGAGUAUCUCACUAAAGUUCUGGGUAAAAGUCCAUUAUUACUGAAAGAACUGGAUCUGAGUGGAGAGAAAUUAGGAGAUCUGGAUGGAGAGAAACUCUCUGCUCUUUUGAUGGACUUCCAUUGCAAAGUGGAGAAAAUCAAGCUGAAUAAUUGUGAGCUGACAGAGGAAAGCUGUUCAGUUCUAGCUACUGUUCUCUCCUCCAAAACCAUCCUGAAAGAGAUGAACCUGAACAACAGCCGUCUGCUGGACUCAGGAGUCAAAGAGAUCUGUGAGGGACUGAAGAAUCCUGUGUGUGAGCUGAAGAUACUCAAAAUGCCAGACUGCAGUGUUACAGAAGAGGGUUAUAAAUCUCUGGCUUCAGCUCUGAGAUCAAACCCUUCACACCUGAUAGAGCUGGAUCUCACAGGAAAUGAUCCUGGACCAUCAGGAGUAAAGAAGCUCAGUGAUUUACUACAGGAUCCAAACUCUCAACUCAAGACACUGAGGUUGUUGAGUCCUGCUGCAGAUGAAGGCUGUCAGUUUGUGACUGGAAUUGUGGGUAAGAACCCGUUACUCCUGAGUGAGCUGAAUCUGAGUGAACAUGAACUAGGAGACACACGAGUGAAUCAGCUCGCUGCUCUACUGCAGGAUAAACACUGUAAACUCAACACACUCCAGCUGCGUGAUUGUGAUCUAACACAGAAAAGCUGUUCAGCUCUAGCUGCAGUCCUGAGAUCAAACACCAGUCUGAAAGAGCUUGACAUGAGCAACAAUAACCUGCAGGAUUCAGGAGUGAAGAAACUCCAGAGCGGAUUAGAAAAUACAAACUGCACACUGAAGAAACUCAGACUCUGUAACUGCAGUAUCACAGAAAAGGGUUAUAAAUCUCUGGCUUCAGCUCUGAGAUCAAACCCUUCACACCUGAUAGAGCUGGAUCUCACAGGAAAUGAUCCUGGACCAUCAGGAGUAAAGAAGCUCAGUGAUUUACUACAGGAUCCAAACUCUCAACUCAAGACACUGAGAUUGCUGAGUCCUGCUGCAGAUGAAGGCUGUCAGUUUGUGACUGGAAUUGUGGGUAAAAACCCGUUACUCCUGAGUGAGCUGAAUCUCAGUGAACGUGAACUAGGAGACACACGAGUGAAUCAGCUCGCUGCUCUACUGCAGGACAAACACUGUAGACUCAACACACUGAUCCUGUCUAAAUGCAGUAUUACAGAGGAACAGAGUCUCAUCCUGACUCCAGCUCUGAAAUCAAACCCAUCACACCUGAGAGAACUGAACCUCAGUGGGAAUCAAAUAAAAAACACAGGAGUGAAUCACUUAUGUGACUUACUGAAGGAAUCGCACUUUAAACUGGAGAGAUUGAGGUUAAGGUGUAAUUUGACAGAUGAAGGUUGUUCUGCUGUGACUUCAGCUCUGAAAUCAAACCCAUCAUACCUGAGAGAACUGGAGCUCAGUGAGAAUAAACUAGGAGACUCUGGAGUGAAAAACCUCAGUGAUCUACUGAUUAACCAAAAAUGCAAGCUGGAGAAACUAGACCUGUCUAAAUGCACUAUUACAGAGGAACAGAGUCUCAUCCUGACUCCAGCUCUGAAAUCAAACCCAUCACACCUGAGAGAACUGGACCUCAGUAUGAGUCAUAUAAAAAACACAGGAGUGAAUCACUUAUGUGACUUACUGAAGGAAUCACGCUGUAAACUGGAGAGAUUGAGGUUGAGAUGCUGUGAUAUAAAAGUUGAAGAUUGUUCUGCUGUGACUUCAGCUCUGAAAUCAAACGCGUCACACCUGAGACAGCUGGAGCUGAGCGGGAAUGAACUAGGAGACUCUGGAGUGAAAAACCUCAGUGAUCUACUGAUGAACCCACAAUGCAAGCUGGAGAAACUAGAUCUGUGUAGAUGCAGUAUUACAAAGAAACAGUGUCUCAUCCUGACUCCAGUACUGUGUUUGAACCUUUCAUACCUGAGAGAGCUGGACCUCAGUGGGAAUAAAAUAGAAAACAAAGGAGCUGAGGUCUUGUGUGAAAUACUGAAGGAUUCGCAUUGUAAGCUGGAGAAAUUGAGCCUAAAUGACUGUGGCAUUACAGAUGCUGCUUGUUUGUCUCAGUCUUUGACUGGAAAGAAAGCACUGGAGUUUUUAACAGAGCUAAAUCUGAGUCAAAAUAGCAUAGGAAACUCAAAGGAGCAGCUCAUUAAAGUGCUACAAAACACAAACUGUAAACUGAGACUAGACAGUCAACAGAUGGAAGAUGGAAGAACUCUGAUUGGAAGUGGUCUAAACUUCAUCGGUGGUUGGCUUCCAUUCUGGUCAAAAGCUCAGGAACCUGUGAAAUCAACAGCACAAGACCUGCCAUCAUCAUCAGAUGAGGAAUCCACAGAAGGACAGUAAGCAGAAGAGGCUGAUGAGCU